CUGAGCAGCAGCCGGUGAAUCACAAGCUUUCCAGCAAUAAGUGCCAGCACUAUGGCAAAAAGGUAGAGGAAUACCUUGAGUGCAGAGAAACCAUUUGGUGGAUACCUGCAAUGCAAAAAACGGUAACACGAGCUAACAUGGCAGACAAAAGGCGGAAAAUGCGUGUUCAAGGGGGAUGGGCACCAAAGAGAAACAAAGCAGAAACAUCAAAGAGUGGAGAUGUUGCAAUAAGUGAAAAAACAGAUAAUGGCCAAUCUCAGGCUGUUGCACAUUCUUCACGUGGUCAAUUGAUAUUUAAACCAACUGUGAAGACUAAAAAGGAAAAACCAGACGUAAAGAUUAUAGACGAAGAUGGUGAAUACAAUAUAAGUGAAGGCCCACAUGGAUUGUCUACAAUACAGUUAUGCAAGAAUUUCAUCGAGCAAAAAGAGACUGAAUGGAUAAUGGAGCAGCUGGUGACCGAGAUUCCAUGGGAGGAAAAAGAGAUUAAGAUUUUUGGAAAGAAAUGUUUACAACCAAGAUUAACAGCAUGGUAUGGCGAUUUCCCCUACACAUAUUCUCGGUUGACGUUAAAGCCGUUCCAGUGGUCGCCAACUUUGAAUAUUCUACGAGACAAAAUCGAGGCGAAAACUGGUUUGAAGUUUAAUUCAAUGUUAGCGAACCUGUACAGGGAUCAUAAAGACAGCGUUGAUUGGCAUAGUGAUGACGAGAAGAGCCUUGGUAUUAACCCAAUAAUUGCAUCGCUUUCGUUUGGAGAUACAAGAUCAUUUGAGCUCAAGAGAAAGCCUUUGGAGGAAGAGGAAAACGGUGAAGAUUGUCUCCAAAAAAUAAAAAUACCGUUGACAGACGGGAGUUUAUUGAUUAUGCGAGGAGCAACACAGCAUGAUUGGGUGCAUCGAGUUGCGAAAGAGUACCACGACAGAGGACCAAGGAUAAAUCUGACUUUUAGAAACAUUCAUCCAAAAUAAAUCUGCAAAUAAGCAUCGGUAUUUUGAGUCCAUAGGAAAUGACAAAAUGGCUUUAAAUCGAAGAGGUAUGUCAUUAUAACGGAAUUUUAUGACUUCCUUCCAUACUUUGCUGGUAUUUGAUAUUGAUCAAAGUGGUUGAAAGCGAUUUGAGUGCAAGCAUUUUGUGUAGUUUGAGCUGAGUUCAGGAUUAAAAACUAAGAUCUCACAGUGGAAACGCCAUAGAUGGACAAAAAAUGACCGCCUAUUUACAAGAAGUAGUGUGCGGAUUUGUAAACAAGCUUUACAUGAACAUGAAUCUUUGACGUAAUAGCAGUCAAUCUGUCUUUAUGUGUUGUGCUGACAGUUCAAAUUGAAAUAUUUCACGUUAUCUUUAAGGCACAACUGUUUUCGACAGGAAUCACACAUAACUGAAGUUCUUUUGUUUGUUUAUUUAUCGAAAGCUAGACCCUGUUGAAUAGGUGCUCAUAUUCUUGUUGUGUUAGCUAUGUACUGGGAUGUUAUGUAACAGAAAUUUAAAGCAUAAUGUCUUCUUAGUGAAACUUUUACCGUUUUGAAUAAUAUUCCAAUUUUAGAGAUAUUUUAAAGUCAGGUAAAACUAUUAAUUUUUUUGUGGCUCAACAAAUCAAAAUAUUUCGACGUUUUUAUUGUUAGUCGCGAUUUUCUAUAUCUUGACCGCUUAAUCCUCACCUCGCAUUGGCUCGCUCGUUGCUGUACAACCUAUAUAAGACUUUGGGAGGUUGUUUGAGACUUUGGAAUGGAACAGAGGCAUUGUUUUUUCAUUCCCUCAAAAGGCUUGUAAAUGCGUAACCUCGGGAAUAGGGUCCUGGAAAAUGUUCACCCGUCUUUCCGCCCAUCAACCAAAACUUUUUUAGAAAUUCAUUAAAAGGCAAGAAAAAGAAGACUUGCUUCGCGUGUAGAAAUAAUUUUUUUUGUUUUCUUUUUUUGCGUUGUGCCACACUUUCGCAUUUUGCUUGACGUGGCUUGUUCCAUGUAGCACUGAUAGCGGCCGAAUUCAAGACGCAAUCUCUUCGCUAGCACAACGUCUUUCUUCAGGGGUAACAUCACAUCUUAAUCGUUAUGACGGUCCGUUAAGCAUUAAUCUUUUACCAUAGUGGGUAUUGGUAGCUGAGAUGGACUGCAUAGCUUUAAAGUAAAACUGUCAUUACUUGCGAAAGGCUAUAUCUGAUCAUAAUCAAAAUAUGACAUGAAUUUUGACUUGAGUUUCUGAAAGCUGCACACGAAAUGCCACACAGACGAGUGACUUUGAUCGAAACGCAUUGCUCUGUAAAGCGGCUAAUGCUAAUGCUAUAUAUCGAUUGUGUCUUAGGUGAUUUCGCGGCUUGCGUAUUCAUGUAUGUAUGAUCGAAACCUUCUUUAAGCAUGUCAAGAACCCUCCCAUGUGCUUAUAAGUUGAAUGCCCAAAAUCUGUUCUUCGUUAUUGGGAUUAUGCCGAAAUGCCACCAAUAGUGAGCCUAUUCGUCUGUGCUUGGGUCAUUUUUUGUGCACUGUUGUUCUGUCCUGUCUGCUGGAGCUAUCCCAGGUCAUCUACCUGGAGAUCUCUGGUCAUUGUUGAAACGGCCAGGAUCAACAUAAAGAAUGCCUUCGGAAUCAAAUAACUAUAAGCGCAUCUUGCGAUCAGCUUUUCACGAACCAACCCUUCUUUCAAUUUCUCAUAACACGUAUUUACGCUCAUUGUCUAGGUGUAUAGCUCUUAAAAUUCGUUCAGACCCUCGUAGAAUUCCAGAAGGCAAGAUCUUAAUUAUCCUAAUUAAAUUAUCCUACUAUCUCUUGAUCAUUUAUCCUUGUGACUUGCCCGGAAUCCAUAUCAUAUUUUGGAAUUAUCUGUUUUGUGUCUAACAAUAAACUAUGGACGAAUUGUUUGAAAUCGAGCGUACUUUAAGCAUAUUACUCAGUGUGUGUUUAGAGCCAAAACUGAAUCAAAUCGUGACAAUUUUCUGUUUUUACGUAAUUUCCGUACAGUUGUUUCUAGGCUCUGUUAUUAAAUAUUUGAAAAGUGUAGUUUAGAAGCUAGAAGAAAUGUCACGAGCCGAGAACAGAGAACCGUAUCUCGAAAGGCCUGAAACUAUUUUCACUGUUGAUGUUCUGCUCUGGAAGUGAAAGUGAACUUUUUUGGGCAGAAAGAGCUUCUUUAUCGAAUCAGGCCUAAAAUCUAGAAUUGUGUUGUUUUUACCUUCUGCUUGAUAGUUUCGAACAAACCAUAACUUAUCUCUGGAAGUCAAAGUUUAAAGUUGACAUCAAGAUAGAUCAUUGAUGUUGAACUAUCUUGAGAUUUCUGUUUGGUUGCUAAAAAGCAGAUGAAAAAACUCUUGAUCGUAGAAAAGUGAUAAUAGCAUAGUCACUAACAAUCGGCUAAUAUAAGUUAAAGUGGCCUAAAUGCAAUUAUAAGCACCAUUAUUUUGAUUCUUCUUGUUUUUUUGUAUAAUAUUAUGUUUUAUUUUAAAGUUGACAGCUUUUAUUAAGGGUGUAACCUCGGCUGUUUCGUUUUUAUAUCCAGUUCGUCUUUAUCUAAUAAUGCCAGACGAUGUCACAGAAAUUUAACAAACGUGAAAGAUUUGGAAUAUUUUAGUAUAUGUACAUUGCUGAUGUUAGAUUGGGGAUAUAUUUCUAAUACACUUAAGAUAGCUGUUUAGAGUGGGGGAUUUCUUUUCUCUCUGUCUACCAAUAUGAAUUUAAGUGACAGUGUCAAGCCCUAAUCUCUCGUAAGAAGAAAGGGAAAGUCACUGGCGGAUGACCAAUGUGGAAAAGACUCGAAAAAACGCAGACAUUUACGUAACGCAGUCAAAAUGACCUUAAAAUCUCGAAUAUAAGAACCACUAUUGGCAAUGAAGCUUGUCUCAUGAUGACAGAGUGAAAUUUGAACAACUUAAGCAAUGAAAUGGACCAUAAGCGUUGUUGCUUCGUUUCUCAAUCAAUUUAUAGAGUGUUUACGGUACAUUCUCUUUUCUAGCCAGAACUUCUUCCAUCGAUGCUCUGCUAUUAGUUGUAAAGCAGCUAACCUUCACAACAUGUCCUUGGCAUCAAUAUUACCAUAUUAUGUUGCUUAUUUUCUUUCAGAAUGUCAUGUAUUGAUCAAAAAUUGUAUCAUUUUUAUCUUAAAUCCUUCCAGACGUAAAAGCCUAUACCAGGUUUCUUGAUUCAAACGAUUUCCUUUUGCCAAGAGAAUUUCCCAAUAGUUCUAGCUUCAGUGUAUUCGGUUGUCAGUUUUUCAAAGCUAUCUGUAAAAGCCGGUUUUAAAUUUUAUGUUUUGUCACGGUAAAGCGAUUAUUUGUUAAAAUGAUCAAAAGCUUAUGUUAAUCCUAAAUCCUAGCUUUUGGGUGAAAUAAUGAUUUAGUCUUUGCAAUGAAUUUUUCUCAUUUGGAUAUCAUGUUCUAAGCACUUCAUUUUCAUAUCCUUUGCAUGAAACAAGAAAUCUACUCAUUCGCGUCCUGCUUAAUAGAAGAUUUUUGUCAAAAUCAAUUUUAAGGUUUUUUAUUUAAUAACGUCACUUGGAUAUUGUCAUAAUCACCCGUUUGAUUGGAUAAAAUGCCCAGGCUCAUUUUAUAAAAAUCCAUUUGAGGAAAUAUUUUAAAGAUUACUUAAUGUCUCAAAAGAUGACAAAAGGACAUUGUUAAUGCAAGCAGGAAAGUUACACAAAUUGUUUCGUCUAUUUCCACACGGAUUUCUCAAAUUAGAAAUUCCUCAAAGAAAAAAUUUACUGUUGCCUCUUUUGUGCAAGUUGGUGUUACCUUGACGAACAAUGAUUAUGGGUAAUCUUGCUUUGGCUCAACUGAAAUUAAAGAUAUCAAAAAUAAAAAGCAUCAAAUCAGUAAAAGAAUAUCCAAGGAUAUCCGACUUUUGCAAAGCAUUUAAAUAUAUGAUCAGUUGGAAGGGUUCAAAUAUUUUCAUAUCUAGGAAUGCUUGCAAUUUUUGUUGAUUUUUGUAUUCGUAAUUUCCAUGUCAAAGUAAUUUAACGAAGGAUUUUAAACGAAAAUGGAAGUGGUUUAUUUAAGUGAUUAGGAGUUGUUUCGAGCAAAGCAUGUGUAGUCAGCCAACUCUUAAAUGUAUACUUAUAUUAAAACCAAAUACUUGACGCUUUUGACUCCACCAGCCAUGCUCCUAGUCUGAGCUUUCUUGAUUGGGAUAUCUCAAGGCUCAUUUCUAGUCCCUAUUGCUCUAAAUAUGGCCAUAACUGAAUUAGCUUAAGCAGACCCUGGUAAUAUCUCGAGCAUAUUCUGAAGCCGUGUCAAGUUUCAUGUCCCGUAAAUUUGAUCGAAUAUUUGGUUACUGCACGGAACAUCAGCUUUGAUAGAAUUUUCUUUAAGUACGAAAGUAAUGCUCUUUAAAUGACGCCAAUCCCAACUUUUAACAGGCCUUGUAAGUGCAUUUGUGUCAAACUAGCUUCUGGAACGAUUUUACUGUCUAUUAUUAGUAUGCAAUGAGAAAAGGUUCAAGUGACCCUGUACAAAAUCAUUUAAAACUGCUUAGGAUUUUGUUGAAGUCGUUUUUUAGUCUGAUUCGCUGUAAAGAACCUUUCUUACAUUCGUUGCAUAACUUUGAAUAUUUUUGAAAAUUCUCCCCCAUCUUCCAUUUCUAAGUUUCAGUUUUUCAGUAACUCGAUAGCAAGCCUUGCAAAACGAAAAAUUGAAAGAAAAUAUCAAAGCAAUGCCUUUUUUAGCCCUCGUUUUUGAUGUUUGAUGGCGUAACAUUAAUUUUAUGUUUUGUUGAAAUAGAUAAAACAUACUUUUCUUAAUUGAACAAGUGCAAAGCCUGGCACAGAAUCUGGGGCACAUUUUUAUUUUUGACAAAAGCUCCUCCUUUCUUUAUGUAAGUCGUUUAGAACUGGAUCCUGUUUAGUCCAUCAACAACCUUAAUCUAUGCUUUACUGGUUACAUGCUGUCAAUGACGCUUCUUACCGGGCACUGAUCUUGCUAGUGAAUGAUCUUUCUUGCACCUGGCUGGUCACGAAUUCCCUGAAUAGUUUGGCUAAAUCAUUAUGAUCAUUCCAGUCAGAAUCCUAAUAUUGGUGUUUUUGUUAAGAAGAUUCGGUUUGCUUAAUAGUUGAGUCAUGCCAAUUUACGUUUGGUUUUCAAAAGUAAAAUUGAAAUCAAAGUCUCCACCUUUUCUCAUUAAAAAGGCUCAGCUACGCCGUGGACCUUCCCUUCUUUUUCAAAAUUUAAUUUUAUCCAAGGGGAUCAUUUGCAAAGUCGUUUAGUAUUUUGUUGUGAAACAGAGAUUGCCCAUCCUUGUACAUCGAGGGGCAUUGUGCAACCAUGUAGAUGCAGCCAGAAGCUCCUUUACUGUAAAAGUUAUUUUUGUCUCCUGGCAGUUUGAUGU